GGAGGGGGGCAGCUUGCGGAAGGGAGCGGGCUGGGCCGGCUCCCCUCGCUCGGCGGUGCCUCUGGAGCACAGCGCUGGCAUAAGACCUGGGACUGCUUCAGUUCCUUUAUCAUAAUGCAACGCGUGCCCAUGUCACAACCUGACACUGUGGGGAACUGCUGGUCCAAGGCUGACUCUUUGCUUUUGCUGUUGACUGAAUCCUUGGAUUUGAAGUUUCGUUGACAUUGCUGAGAUUAGUGCUCGGACCUUCAAGAGAAGAGACUUUCUGAUGGUCCUGCUCCACUCCACCUGACCCUAUGAAAGGAGGGUUCGCCAUAGCUCCGUCCUUUGCUCUCCAGUUCCACAAAAUGGGUUCGUUCAGAAGGCCCCGACCUCGCUUCAUGAGCUCCCCUGUCCUCAGUGAUUUGCCUCGGUUCCAGGCAGCCAGGCAGGCUAUGCAGCUCAGCUCCAACUCUGCCUGGAACAGUGUUCAAACAGCAGUGAUAAAUGUGUUCAAAGGAGGAGGCUUGCAAAACAAUGAACUUUACACCCUCAAUGAAAAUAUCAGACGGCUGCUGAAGAGUGAACUCGGAUCCUUCAUCACAGAUUACUUUCAGAACCAGCUCCUUGCGAAAGGCUUGCUAUUUAUGGAGGAGAAGGUCAAGCUGUGUGAAGGUGAGGAUCGCAUUGAUGUCCUGUCUGAAAUCUGGGAUCACUAUUUUACAGAAACUCUGCCUACACUUCAGGCAAUAUUCUACCCGGUCCAGGGUCAGGAAUUGACUAUCCGUCAGAUUGCUCUUCUUGGCUUCAGAGACUUGGUCUUGCUAAAAGUAAAGUUGGAAGAAAUUCUUCCUCAGGUCCAGACAAAGCUUCCACCUUCCAUUGUCCAGAUGCUGUUAAUUCUGCAGAGUGUCCAUGAGCCUACUGGCCCCAGUGAGGGCUACCUACAGCUGGAAGAACUGGUCAAGCAAGUGGUAUCACCAUACUUAGGUUUGUGUGAGGAUCACAGCUCCUCUGGUAGCACCUGCUUACUCGAGAGACGGUACUCCAGAUCUCGUCCUAAGACUGAUGUACUGAAUUAUCCAUCUCACGUGACGACCCGGCAGCCCAGUGAGAUGGCCCUCACCCCACUGACAGAGCAGGAGGGAGAGGCUUACCUGGAGAAAUGUGGUAGCAUCCGUCGCCACACUGUUGCAAAUGCUCACUCGGAUAUCCAGCUCCUGGCAAUGGCCUCCAUGAUGCACACAGGAAUGGUCAUUGAGGAAUCAGACAGUACUGACAAGUGCCUCCUCCUGCAGUCCACUUGUUUCAGCCACAGGCAGUGCUCCAGUGAGCCCAGCAUCGCUGAUGGGCCAGAGGGAGUUGUGGCAGCAGCAAGUAGGCAGGACUCUGCAGAGCUGAACUGCACAUCAGUCAGCUAGACUAAGUCUUGCUGAAGAAUGGAGAACUGUAUGCACUAAGCUGAACAGUGUCGUUGUCAUCCCUGCGGG